AUGGAAGCUGAACUAGAUGAAACUAUUUUUGAUGAAGAAGAUGAUGAUCCAAUUGCAGAAUUGAGCUAUCUUGAUCCAGAAGCUGAUCCUCAGAGCUCCAAUGAGUGGCAAGUGGAUUUUUGCUCUAGGCCAAUUCUUGAUAUCACAGGGAAAAAGAUACGGGAGCUUGUAGUUUGCGACGAUUCGCUUUCGCUUCAGUAUACCAAGUAUUUCCCUAACAAUGUCAUUAAUAGUGUCACUCUUAAGGAUGCUAUAGUUUCCAUUUGUGAUGAACUGGAUAUACCUUUACCAGAUAAAAUAAGCUUCUUCGGGUGA